GACAAGAUAUCACACAACAUUUUAUUUUACAAGCAAGUGCCCGUAGUUACCUCCGAUCAUGGCCGACACCACGAUCGAAGAGAAGGAAAACAUCCCACUUAGCUGGCUGGGAGAGGUAACGGUGGCCAACUACGCAGAAAUGGUGGAGCGGUACGCGCUGUAUCGGACACAGCGCCUCAACGUCUUGAAACUGGUUGCGGAAAUCCUGGAAAAGGAAGACAUCACCUACUGGUUGGACUGUGGCUCGUUGUUGGGUGCGUAUCGCAAUGGCAAGAUGAUACCGCAUGAUAACGAUACAGACGUGUCGAUGCUGGGUGACGAAGAGUUUGACAGGGCCAGAAAGGCCCUGCGCCAGAAUCUACCCAGCGUCUACAGCAUAGAGGACGGAACGUCCUACGCGGAAAAACUCUUGAUCAGUCACAACGCUAGCGGUACCUAUCAGUAUUCCGACAAUAUUGAUUUCUCCAACGUGACUGGAGAUGUUUACAAAUUCAAAUUGCGACAGGACGGUACGCUUCAGCAGAUCUACUAUAAAUUCAAUCUAGGUGAGCGACGCUAUCAGCACGAUUGGGUCUUUCCGCUGGGGAAGAUCCAGUUCGAAGGGCUGACGCUGCCCUGCCCCAACAACGUGAAAGCCUACUUGGAGGAGAUGUACGGUUACCUCGGAACGGACUUCAAGUACGAUCCGGUGUCGACUCGCUUCGUGAAACGCGACUGAAUUCCCAACCCAGGCUGCCCCCAAUGUCUCCAAGCAGUCCUUCUCCUGGACAACAGUCAACGAGAAACAAGUGUGUGAAGCAACAUUACUGCUCAGUCUACUACGACCAACUGUUAUGUAUGGCGAAUUAGGUUACGUGGCGGCACUCCAGUGGAAGAGGAUUAGAACGUGUUCAGUGACGAGCAGCCCUUAUCUGCUUGGGGGCCCACUCUUUGCACGGGUACAUCACGGCUCACUGCUUCACCAUCUCCAAUUUACUUCCCACGUCAGUGUCCCAGCCGAUCUUACCACAGGUUAAUCUUGUCCACGACGUCAAGUGCAUCCCCACUCCCAUUCACUUGCAAUGGCCACACCUUGCACGACCAAUUACAGCGCAGCCAUAUGCACUAUGUUGACCUUAUUCUCUGUCUCACUCAGGAACACGAAGUCGGUGCGAGGGCGCCAGCCUUCAACUUGCUCUUAACUCUCUUCUCUUCUCGUCUUGUAGUUCCUUGAUCCUUUUUACUUUUUAUAAAUCAAUUAUUAUGUACAUACAUGUACAUUGACAUGUACUGGGACAAAAUUUAAUAUGCUUGAACAGUCAGACGUGUACGACAUUACACAAAACUUACUGACAUAGAGUACAAGUACUAGUGUAGUUUCACGCUAUUGUAGUAUUGAGUAUUGACGUUGUGUUCUCAAAGUAGUGUGACUGUUCCGAAUCCCUUCUCAAUUCAGACCUUCCCGCAACCGAUGCGCUGACUCGAUCCACAUCUAGUCACAGCGGCUCGCACAAUCAUUCUUGAAGACUGUAUACGAAACAACUUCCUCAGGUUUUCGAACCCAAACUGGUCCAGAUCUUGCUGAACUUGUUCAACUCUGUGACCCAAGAACUCAGUACAAGUCCCAAAUGCAAGUCGUACAAAGUACCAAUGUGCAAUGUGCAAGUGCCUGAGGAGAGUGGCAUAAUGUGCUUAUAAUUAUACAGAGAGGUAAGGCGGUAGUGUUAUCAGCAAGCUGACAAGAGAAACAAGCGGCAUAUGCAAGAAUCUAGAAGAAGGUUCAAGAACAAGGACCAGCGCCUAGAGGAUGCUAUAGCCAGUACCAUGCAAGAGCAUAUUGAUAAUGUCGCACCUUACAGAUGUGUGAACAAAGAAGUGUGCAAGCAUGAUGUGCAUAGAACGUUUACAUGUGUGACAAGUGCAAUGUACCUAAAAACACACUAAAUGUCAGCUAUAGUGUAUUUACUUCAAUAAAUAUAACUGGACACGGCUGACUAAAAAAUGUCAACUAUUUACAUAUAAUUCAUUGCAUUCCCAACUCAUCACAACCACGCGCUCUUCAGCGGAACCAUACAGACACCAGCAAGGACACUUCCGUUGAGAGACAAUAAUUAUUGUUCCACGCCUCUAGACAGCUGUUUCGCUCCCUGUCGGAGCUCAUCAGUAGAGGAUGAAAAUGAUGAUAAUGGAGGAAU